AGCACGUCGACAGCGAUAAAGUUCAAACUGCAGUGUACUGUUACCGUGCGUCCAAACUGGUAUCUGACUCUCGGGGGACAAAUUCCCAGGGAACUUUGCAUGGCCCACUUGUCUUCCUUCCCAUGGACCCAUAUAAACGAGCAAGCUGUUUCGAUGGGUAAUACUAAUACCGGGCAGUCUCAAGCAGCGUCGCGUUCGUUCAUUCGGAGCCACCACAUCCACACAGAUCACCACGAAGAUGAUCUAUUGGCAAGAUCCAGAAGUAAUCGAGAGUUGGACCGUAGCUUUCGUCGAUAUCACCUUUCUCAUGCUGGGAUUAUACGUGUGGGGUUACAUACAUUCUUGUCAGGUCGAAAAGGCUUUAUUUCGACGUCAGUUUCCAUUUCAAUGGCAAAUGGUCUCAUAUUUGACUGGUCGAACAUUCUAUCUCGUAACCGUCAUUCUGUCUGCCGUGACGAGCGUUGCCGUCCCGCCUCAUAUUAAUUGCAACUACGUAUUGAAAUUCCUCGCGUUCUCUGGAAACAUCGUCCUCGCUUGCGUGUCCACGAACCUCGUGAUUCGGACAUGGACCGUUUGGAAGAACAAUCGUUUUGUCUGUGUGUUCUUGGCGCUCGCAACCCUGGGGCACUGGUCCACAUUGAUACUCGACUCAAAAAACACUCAAGUCUCAUCAUCUCUAUCUUCUGGAUCCUGCGGGUUCUUGGUCGUGAACCCUAUAUAUUCAGCUGUUACGUACAUGUACGCUGCGAUCUUCUACUUCGUACUCGUGAAAGUGACAAUCUUCGGUCAUUGGCGCUCCUCGUCGUCUUCUCUUUGGACGAUCAUCCGUACCCAAGGCAUCUUCUACUAUUGCGUCGCAUUUUUUGCUAACCUCGUUCCCCUCAUCUUUUCUUGGCUGAACCUCAAUUAUGUCACGAAUAUAUUUUUUGUUUGCCCUGCUACUUGCAUCAUGACGAUAGCAUCCGGUCGCGCAGUAAUUCCGACAUUUAACACGUCUCGUAGUCUAAGUCAUAGGUGAGAUAUCCUAUUGUUUGAAGAAUAUCACCCUCACACGAUCUCACGCGGUGCUUGCGCCUUUCAGAACACCCGUCGAAGGUCCACUGGCAAGGGCGACGGAGCUCGAGAAAGAGAACGGGCGAAUUGCGAAUCACGUCGUCUUUUCCGAGUGAGCAAUGUGCUUUGGCUUGGUUUCGGCUAUAUGUAUGGAGCUGGUGUUGUGCUAGUUCUUAUUCCCAAUUGCAAACACGGUGGUGCACGUGAACGUUGGUGACGAGGUUGGAAGCUAUAGACAGCCACGACC